AUGGCGCCUUCCGACGACCCCCGGCCAGAGGUCCAGGUGGGCGGCAAUGUGUCAGAGUCUGCCUGCAGUUACCAGGAUGUCUUGGACCACCUGAACCUGACCAAAAGCAACGAGCUGUACAUCAUGGCGAGGCCGGUGAGAAACUACAAGCAACGCACUACUGUGUCCCUGGAGGUUCAUCUCUACGCCAUCCUGGAUGUGGUGGAGAAGGAGCAGAAGUUUAUCCCCUACGUCUUCACCGUCACGAGGUGGCACAAUGAAUACAUUUCCUGGGACCCCGAAGAGUUCUGCGGAAUAGAUAAUGUCUUUCUUCCCGCCGAGGUCCUAUGGAAGCCUGACCUCACCAUCACGGAGAGGAUGGAGAGGAACAAAGCACCGCCCAGUCCAUAUCUGGCCAUCAGUGCUAAUGGCAACGUGGAGUUUAUUAACGACCAAGUUCUGGUCAGCACCUGUCGGAUGCACAUUUACAAGUUCCCCUUCGACAAACAGAGAUGUAACCUCACCUACAGGUCCAUCAUACACCCGUCCAGAGCCAUCAGACUGCAGCCCAGAGAGAACUCCAGCGAGGCCACCAAGCAGGCCCACGAGGUGAUGAGGACGCAGUACGAGUGGGUCUUCCUCAGCAUGACCGUGACCGCCUACACCGCCGACGACGACUUCGAUGAGAUCGUUUACACGAUCACCAUGAGCAGAAAACCCAUCCUCUACAUCGUCAACUUCGUGUUGCCCAUCCUGUUCUUCCUGGGUCUGGACUUGGCCUCCUUCCUGAUCUCGGACAGAGGUGGAGAGAAGCUGAGCUUCAAGAUCACCGUGCUGUUGGCCGUCACCGUGAUGCAGCUCAUUUUCAACGAAAUCCUGCCGUCCUCCACCAACAGGAUUCCGCUCAUCGCCGUCUACUGCAUCGGAAUCUUUGGUCUGAUGCUGCUCAGCCUACUGGAGACCAUCUGUGUGAUGUACCUGGUGGAGAAGGACUACAAAAGCCACUUAAACGGGGAUGAAAACCACGUCCUCAACCAACAGCCUAACUGUCGUAAUGAAGGUAUGGUCCUGGGAAACGACUGCGGACGCAUCUGCUCCAUGCCUGCCAGCGAAGCUCUAAACCCGAUGUUACUCGGAGCCAGAGAGAGUCGGAGCGGCAUGCUGUGCCAGACGCUGGAGAAGCUGUCGGACGAGCUGAAGGCCAUGGAAAGAACGCUGAGGCUGCUGCACGGCGGCCAGAAAGAGGAGUUGGGAUACUGGAGCCGACUGGCCAGGAGGAUCAACAGGAUCUUCUUCAUCCUCUACGUGACUCUGGUCAUCCUCUUUUUAACGCUGCUCUUUAUCGCAUGGACCAGUGAUUAA